UGGCCCGGGGAUGGCCGGCCGAGCCGGGCGGGAGGCGGGAGCGGCGGUGGCGGCGCCGGGGCCCCCGCUCUGUCCAGCGGCCGCUCCCUCCGGAAGAAAAACCAAAGCCAAAGCUCCUCUUCCUCCGGAUGUUAAAUACACUGAAGGCUCUUCACUUGAAUCUAUGGAAUCCCCUAAUUUCACAAUGGAACAGAAAGAAAACAUGAUUGAUAAAGACAUUGAACUCUCUGUUGUUCUUCCAGGAGAUGUGAUCAAAUCGACUGUUGUUCAUGGCAGGAAGCCAAUGAUGGACUUGUUCAUUUUCCUCUGUGCACAAUAUCAUUUAAACCCAUCAAGCUACACCAUUGACCUGAUGUCACCUGAAAAUAAUCCAGUUAAAUUUAAACCCAAUACACCAAUUGGAAUGCUAGAAGUCGAGAGGGUGAUUUUAAAGCCCAAAAAUCUGGAUAAGAAGAAACCUACACCUUUAGUACCGGAGCAAACUGUACGAAUGGUAAUCAAUUACAAGAAGACACAGAAGACAAUAGUGAGAGUUAGUCCACACGCAUCACUUCAAGAACUUGCCCCAAUUAUUUGUAAUAAAUGCGAGUUUGAUCCUUCCCACACUAUAUUAUUGAGAGACUAUCAGUCUCAGGAGCCUCUUGACCUGACAAAGUCCCUUAAUGACCUUGGGCUACGGGAACUUUAUGCAAUGGAUGUCAGCGGAGAGUCCUGCCAGAUAUCCCCAAAUCUAGAUAUUCUGAAGGAAAAAGAAAAUAAACGGUUUUUUAGCUUUUUCCAGCGCAGUAAAAAAAAGCGAGAACAGACUGCAAGCGCCCCAGCAACUCCACUGAUCAGUAAACCUAGGCCAACUUUUAUGAGGUCGAAUACCAUUUCCAAACCGUUUGUUUCAAACACGCUACCAUCUGACAUGCCUAAGAAGAGACGGGCUCCUCUCCCUCCCAUGUCUGCCUCUGAAAGUGCCCCUCAAGAAAGACCAGCAGCCUUCAUUGUGAAAUCUGUCAGCGUUGAUGAAACAAAUACGAGCCCAUCUAGUGUAGGCAUAGUGAGAACAGGAUCAUUGCAUCUCAGUAGCACAUCCUCGGCUAACUCAUCUUUGAGAAGGACAAAGCGUAAAGCACCAUCUCCACCAUCUAAAACCUCACAGAACGACAAUGAUGAAAACGGAAACAUUACUGCCCUGCAAGCAGCAGAAUCGGUUCCUGUAGAUGGAACAACAGAAGUCAGCACACCUGAAGUCCCUCCCAUCCCAGCUGGAAUAAAUCCAGAAUACAGCCUAGAAGAGAUUGAUGAAAAGGAAGAACUGUACGCCCAGCAACACAAAGCAGAUUGUGGAAGCACUGCUCCCAAGAGUCAAGAGGUUUCUCCUUGUGUUUCUACUGGUGGGGCACUAAAUACUGAAAAAAAGGAUCUUGCCUCAGCGCUUGUCAGCUCUGCUAAGGAGAACUCAGAACCCUCCGAGGAAGAAAAACAAGAAAGUAGAAACACUGAUGGAAAAGGACCUGGCAGGGAAGUUGAUGACCUAGGCAAUGAAGAGACAGUACUUGAAAAUAGAAGACACUUGAGACUACUGAGAGAGAACAGCAACGAUGAUAAAAGACACACAAGAAGCUUUCCAGUGAACACAGAAGAAAAAUCACAAAAUGGAGUAAAAACAGUAGACAUGAUUGUUGCCGAUGCCACUGAAAGUAACAAGUUUAAAACAGAUGGACUGUCAGACUACCGGGCAUGUAAAAAUGACAUCUCUGAAAGUUUCGAGGAAAAUUCUCAAGUGAUUUUGAGGAUGCGGGAUCAAAAGCUGAACCAAACCCACACAGCAAAGGUAAAAACUCAGGAUGCAGCCAUUCAGACAACUCCGGUCGGGAACAGUCGUGACUGGAAUAUGUCAAAUGAAACAACUGCUCCCCAAGAUCAUCAUUCGUCAGCUUUCGGGGAUGAUGGUCAAGAGGUUUCUUCGAAUAUCAACCAACCAGCUUUGCAGACAUCUUCUGAACUGCCAGCUUCCUCGGACGCCUCUAAGCAAUUCAAGAGUCAGGGAACUACUACAGAAGAAACACUCAAGGCAAAGAUUCCAAGCCUUGUGUGUAUGAAUGAUACUGUUUUUUUCCCAGUAGAGGGAGCUGACAAAACUCCAACUAGCUCUUCUGUAAAAAAUUAUCCAUUUUAUAGACAAGAUUCCAAACCGAAACCUAAGCCUGCAAAUGAAAUUACCAGAGACUAUAUACCCAAGAUCGGAAUGACAACUUAUAAGAUAGUGCCUCCAAAGUCCCUGGAAAUAUUGAAAGAUGGGGAAUCAGAAACUAUAGUGGACAAUAAAGAUUAUCUGGAGACGACCACUCCGGAAUAUACCCAGCCCUGUUGGGCAAAUUGGAAAGAACCGACAAAGCAGACUGAAGAGCUUUUUAUCACUGAAAGUACAAGUCAGUCAGAGAUUGGCCUCAAAUGUCAAACCAAUGCGGCAGUGGAUAAUCAGAGGUUUGGUGCAAUAAGCAGCAUUGCUGAUGGUGUCCUCUCCUCUCCUCCAAAGCUUCUUCCUGGAGACGAGCGGUUAAAAAUACAAACUUCUGAAAUGAACAGAUACAGGGGCACCACACAGUUAAUUCUGGACCUUGAAAAGGUAAAUGCCCUGCGGGAGUCCAGAGGAAAAAAUAAGGUUUCAACUCCCCAGGAAAAGCCUAGUUCUUUUUUUUUACAGAUGCAGAAAAGGGUUUCCGGCCAUUACGUGACAUCAGCAGUGGCUAAAAGUGCCAACGCUGCCACCAGCCCAACUCAGAGUGAACUGAAGAAUAAAGAUGAUGUAGAAAGAAACACGCUGCCUGAACAAGAACAGACCCUUUCUCCUUUAAACAAAACAAUGAAUGUACCUCCUGAAUUGAGUGAAAAUAAGUUGGAGCAUGACAGUGAAAGACUCACCAUAGUCUCUCCUCCUCCCAAACCUCCCAAACCUCUGUAUUUUCCAAACAUUCAGUCAACGGCUUUGAACCUAAAAACUCUAAAGACUUUUGGUGCCCCAAAGCCAUAUUCAAGUUCUGCUCCUUCACCGUUUGCCCUGGCUGUAGUCAAGAGAUCACGGUCUUUCAAUAAAGCCUGCCCUAUCACUAGCCAAUCAGCAGGAGAGGAAUUGCCUGUCACAGAGGAGAAGAACUGUUCGGUAGAUAAACUACUGGGAAUUUUGCAGCACAGUAUGACUGACCAGGAAGUGAACUGUGGACACGGUCAACAGAGGUGCCAGGUGCCAUCUUCAACUGACCACCCAUCGUCCAUCCUCAAGAGACAAACUUCCCUACCGUCCCAAACCUCUGACCCAGAACAGGUCCGACAGAGUUUGCUGACUGCAAUCCGCUCUGGAGAGGCUGCUGCCAAAUUGAAAAGGGUUACUGUUCCGUCAAAUACCAUAUCCGUAAAUGGAAGAACCGGGCUCAACUACCCAGUUGCUACAGAGUCACAGUAUAGUCACUAGAUAUUCUACAGAUAUUUUGCACUUUAUCACUACUACCACCACCACCACAACUGCUUAGGACAAUUUAUUCUAGUGGAAAAUUAUUGCAUAUGUAAAUCUGGGUGAAUGUUAAUAUAUUUGUCUAUUAAAGUAUCAAGAUUUGUGUUAGGGUUCCUAAUGCCUGGGGAGGAAUUAUUGGAAUUAAUUUAUGGCAAUAUUUUGCCUUUCUUCUUAAAUGCUGAAAAUGCUGCUUCAGAACUUUAAGACAGGGCACAGUUUCAUUUUUUGAAAUGAAAAAUAAUCAAAUUGUGCUGAUUUCAUUGAAUUAUGUACUUUCAGACACCUUCUGUAUAAUGGUGAGUCUAACCGAAGGAUACAUUUUUCAGAUCCUUAGGUUUAUGACUGUGAUACUUCUCUUCCACAUUGUAUGCAUUAAUAUACAUCUGCCAUUUGGUAAUUAAAAAAUCAUAAUCAGCAAAAAUGAAGAACCCUCAUUCUCUAAAGAGAAGAAUUUGGUACUUUAGUGGUAACAAGCGAGGGUCUUCAACUGAACACCUAACGCCAAUAUUGGAUCAUUUUUCAAACCAGACUUUGCCAUUUUCCUCCUUCAUGUAGAUCAAAUUUAAAGUCAGAAUCCCAAUAAUGAGACGUUUGUACUGUUUAAACAUUUUAAUCCACUUAAACACACACACUUGGAUUUUAUGAUUUUAGCCUUUGAAAUUCAAGAAUAAGAAUUUGAAUAUAAACAUUUUCUCAGUAUAAUUUUCUUAUAAUGUUCAGACACAGAAACACCUUUCACUUUCCUUGUGCCAGAGGCCUUAAAAUAUCUUAUUGUCAGUAAUUGGUGUAGAGUAUGAAUUAUUCCACUUGAAAUAGAGAAAAAAGGUUUAGAAUCUUAGCAGAGUCAACAGCACUUCAGAUAAUAAAAUUAUGUUCAAGUGUCGGUCACCGUACUUUUAGAGUAAAAUGCUGAUGUUGUAGUGUAAUUAUGGAGCUUAUUUAAGACUAGUAAAUGCUAUAGUUGUAGAUUAAAUUAAAUUGGAAGGAAAUGCCUAACUUUUAGGUUGAUACCUAAUUCUUUACUUGCUUUUCCAUCUGAGGAAUUGCUCACUUGUCACAAAAGAUUGAUUGGUAAAUUCGGGUGGAUUUCAACAGCAGUUCCCAGGGUAUUGGCCAUGUUGAAAUGUGUUGAUUUUUUUCAGUUCAAUAAAAUUAAUCUUAUUUAUUGUU